AUCAACACCUCUCAAGUUUUCAGAAGAGUUAGAACUUCAAACUCUAAUUAGCAAACAAGGUCGUUGGUUUUAGUUUGUAUGGUGUAAUUUGUAAAAUGGCAAUUGUCACGGUCACAUGACAGUGAAUGCAAUUUAGCAGUAAUAUUAUUUUAUUCACAGUAUCUUUCGAAAAGAAAAGAGAAACAAUAAUUAAUGGAAAGUUGAGCACAAGAGGGAGGAGUAGGGAAAGGCUGGCGGGCGACGAAGAAUGAGACGGAAUUCCGUAGGUUCUCUUCUGUUCAGCGGAGAAGAUGGGCAAUUGCGGCACUAGGGAGGAGUCAGCCGUCGUCUCUACUGCUCAUCAACAUCAAGGUCAGCAGCAGCUCCAAGCAUUUUCGUUAUCAACUAGGAAUCCAAGUGCAGAUAAGAAGCACAAUCGGUCGAUAUCAGAUCUUAGUGAUCCUUCAACCCCCCGACAUUUUGAGGACUUGCGUAAGAACGCCCUCCUCUAUACUCACGUCAUUUCUUUUACUCUCUUUGAGCUGGAGACCAUCACCAAGAGCUUCCGUUCUGAUUACAUUCUUGGAGAGGGCGGUUUUGGUACUGUUUACAAAGGUUACAUUGAUGAGAAUGUUAGGGUUGGACUCAAAUCUCUCCCGGUUGCUGUCAAGGUGCUCAAUAAGGAAGGUCUUCAAGGUCACCGCGAGUGGCUGACAGAGGUCAAUUUCCUUGGACAGCUCCGACAUCCUAAUUUAGUUAAGUUGAUUGGAUAUUGCUGUGAGGAUGAUCACAGGUUACUUGUCUAUGAGUUCAUGUUCCGAGGAAGCCUUGAGAAUCAUCUUUUUCGAAAAGCAACUGUUCCAUUAUCUUGGUCAAGAAGGAUGAUGAUCGCUCUUGGGGCAGCUAAAGGGCUAGCUUUCCUUCAUAAUGCUGAAAGGCCAGUUAUUUACCGUGACUUCAAAACAUCUAAUAUUCUGCUGGACUCAGAUUAUAUGGCCAAGCUCUCUGAUUUUGGGCUUGCAAAAGCAGGGCCACAAGGUGAUGAGACCCAUGUAUCCACUCGAGUGAUGGGUACCUAUGGAUAUGCUGCCCCUGAAUAUGUAAUGACUGGGCACCUUACUGCCAGGAGUGAUGUGUACAGCUUUGGCGUAGUUCUUCUGGAGCUUUUGACCGGCAGAAAAUCUGUGGACAAGACGAGGCCAAGCAAGGAACAAAGUCUGGUCGACUGGGCAAGGCCAAAGCUAAAUGAUAAGAGAAAAAUGCUGCAGAUAAUAGACCCACGGUUAGAUAAUCAGUACUCAGUAAGGGCAGCUCAGAAAGCUUGCAGCUUGGCAUAUUACUGUCUAAGCCAAAACCCGAAAGCUCGACCCUUGAUGAGUGAUGUCGUUGAAACCUUGGAGCCCUUACAAUGCAGUGGUGGAAAUGAAGUAGCGAUGACAUCAUCAUCGACAUCAUCAUCAUCAUCUACUUCCACUCUUCUGUGUAGUGGUGGAGGCAACAAUCCAUUUAAAAUGUCGACAAAUUAUAAUCGCACUGCUGUCAGAACUGUCUGUCGAUCGUCUAAUCCAAAUUGCUCCCCUGCAGCAGCAGCAGCUUGUCGGAUGCUAUUCGAAAAUCCUUUCAUCAUCCAUAGUCUCUCUUUUUUAUUAGAUGUCAUGAGGAGGCAAGGAGGGAUGGGAAGAUCAUCGGAUAUGAUGUCAUUAGAGGCCGUUGCUGACCACACAUCAUCAUCAUCUCUAGCGGCACAAGCCAUUAUGGCCCAUCGUGGAGGUCCUACCUAUGACUAUACAUCAAUGGGAAGUUCAAAUGAGGCAGGCAGCUUUUGGGGUGUUCUUGCAAGAAAAGCAAAAGAAAUUCUUGAUGAUGAUAAUAAUAAUAAUAAUAAUAAUAAUAAUAAUGUUCCAUAUCAAUCUGAGUAUCUUAACCCUGAAAGAGUACAAGAUAUAAUAACAACAAACUAUUCAUUAAAGACUGAUCAGGAUGAGAACUGUAACAAGUCGGAUAAUCCGACUCUGCGUAAGAAACUCGACGCGCUAACAUCUUCCAUGAAUCGCAUUGGGGACACCAUUGGAAAUGCAUUGGAGGAAGGGCGCACAAUUGUUGAGAACAAGACUGCCGAUUUUAUCCAAGAAACACGCAAAAUGCAGAUAAGGAGAAAAGAAAAUUACAAUGAGGGAGGCCCAGGGAAACUCUCAAUGCAAUCGCCUUACAACCAUACCAGCCAGGAAGAUAUGCUUAAGGCAUCUCGAGACGUGGCAAUGGCGACUGCAGCAAAAGCAAAGCUGCUUCUACGAGAGUUGAAAACAGUUAAAGCAGACUUGGCAUUUGCAAAACAACGGUGUUCUCAAUUAGAAGAAGAGAAUAAAAUUCUUAGAGAGGCUCGUGAGAAGGGAGUUAAUCCUGCUGAUGACGACAUGAUUCGGCUCCAGCUAGAGACAUUGUUGGCAGAGAAGGCUCGGUUGGCACAUGAGAAUUCAGUGUAUGCACGUGAGAAUAGGUUCUUGAGGGAGAUAGUUGAAUACCAUCAGCUUACAAUGCAAGAUGUCGUUUACUUGGACGAGGGAAUUGAAGAGGUUACAGAAGUUUUUCCGGUGAUGUCGAGGAUACUCUCGGAAGGACCUUCCCCAACAAUGUCUCGAAAUUCAUCUACCAAUAAUCUCUCAAGAACCUCUUCUAUUGUUGAUUUGCUCUCACUCUCCGCACCAAAAGCAGAAUAAUAAUAGUAAUAAUUAUAAUGACCGCUCGUAAUUCCUAAAUAGUUAAUUACAAUACAAGUUUCAACAAAAAAUCUUUGUUCAUGUCUAUGUUUGUUUUGUUUUUUGAUUAUUCAUUAGUUGUAAUAUUUUUG